AUGUCACAAUCCAACCCGACAGUUCUAACUCUUCAAAACCACCCUGCACCAAAUCCAGCACCCCCUGCAUCAGACCCCUCUGUCUACCAAGUCCACCACGACGCUUUCGCAGCGGAGGGUCAGCCAACCACAACGGCUGGAUGGCUAGAGCGAGCGCGUAAAGUGUCCGACAUUCUUGCUCCAGAUGCAUCGGCGAGGAGCAAAGACCAAAAGACACCCAGAGCUGAGAUCUCUUUGCUGAAGAGCUCCGGUCUAACCAAGGUACUUGGUGACGUCAAGUACGGUGGUGGUGGGGAGAGCUGGGAGACAGGAUACAAGGUCAUCCGCGAGGUAGCUGCAGGAGACGGAUCAAUUGGUAUGCUGUUGGGGUACCAUUUGCUUUGGUCAGUUACUGCACAUAUUGUGGGUACGGAUGAACAAAAGGAACGAUAUGAGAAACUGAUCAUUGAGAACAACUACUUCAUCGGAGGAGCUGUAAACCCUCGCGAUAAUGAUAGCCGAGUUACUCGUGCUCCAUCGGGUGAUGGUCUUGUAUUCAACGGAUUCAAGAACUUCAACACGGGAGGUGUAGUCUCCGAUCUCACCGUCCUGGAAGGUGUCUAUGAAGACACAGAAGGCCACAUAUUCGCCUUUGUACCGACCAACCAGCCAGGUAUCGUCUUCUCACAUAACUGGAACAAUAUUGGUCUACGUCUCACGGAGUCUGGCUCGGUUAAGAUUGAAAAUGUUCCCAUCGCUUGGGAGGACGCUUUGGGAUGGUCAAGCGAAACAAAAGCACCGAUCCCCGAAGUCCUCCAAGUCCCCUUUACCGCCCUUCUGUUGCCUACUAUCCAGCUCGUGUUCUCUAAUUUCUAUAUUGGGAUCGCGCAAGGUGCUCUGCGCACGGCGAGGCAUUAUACUCUCACUCAAACUCGUGCCUGGCCAUUUGCCCAUGACCCCAAGCCAAACCCAGCGGAUGAGCACUACGUUCUGUCCCGCUACGGAAGGUUCUUUGCCUCCUUACGGGCUGCGGAUGCUCUAGCUGAUCGUGCAGGUAAAGAGAUUGCCGAUGCUUUCACUGAUAAUGGGCCGAAGAGGGAUCUGUCUGCACGUAAACGUGGUGAGGUGGCUGAAUGGGUUGCCAGUGUGAAGGUGGUAGCGACUCAUACAUCCCUGGAGGUUACUAGCGGCGUGUUUGAAGUUACCGGAGCAAGAUCUACAGCAGAGAAGUAUGGGUUUGAUCGCUUCUGGAAGGAUGUGCGGACUCAUACAUUGCAUGAUCCUGUGGCUUACAAGGAGUCAGAGCUGGGACGGUUUUGGUUGUUGAAUGAAGUCCCCAAUCCUACCUGGUACACCUAG